AGACGUGGGGCACGCCACAUUAACCACCGGUCCCGGAAGCAAAAAGCGAAGGGGCGGAGAAGAAGGCGGAAAGGAGGGCCCGCGCCUGGGUCGGCCGGCAGGGGGCGGGGCCGGGCAUGGUAACGGCUCGGGGCCGACGGGGCUGGGUCGGAGGGAGGCGGAGGAACCGGUGUCCGCCGCUGCCGCCGCCUGUUCCGUGUGACCCACGCGGACCCCGCCUCGACCAUGAUGAUCCACGGCUUCCAGAGCAGCCACGAGGACUUCUCCUUCGGGCCUUGGAAGCUGACGGCGGCCAAGACCCACAUCAUGAAGUCAGCGGAUGUGGAGAAGUUAGCCGAUGAAUUGCAUAUGCCAUCUCUCCCUGAAAUGAUGUUUGGAGACAACGUUUUAAGAAUCCAGCAUGGCUCUGGCUUUGGGAUUGAGUUCAAUGCUACAGAUGCAUUAAGAUGUGUAAACAACUACCAAGGAAUGCUUAAAGUAGCCUGUGCUGAAGAGUGGCAGGAGAGCAGGACUGAGGGUGACCACUCCAAGGAGGUUAUUAAACCAUACGAUUGGACCUAUACAACAGAUUAUAAGGGAACGUUACUUGGAGAAUCACUUAAGUUGAAGGUUGUGCCUACAACAGAUCACAUAGAUACAGAGAAAUUGAAAGCCAGAGAACAGAUUAAGUUUUUUGAAGAAGUUCUCCUAUUUGAGGACGAACUUCAUGAUCAUGGAGUUUCAAGCCUGAGUGUAAAAGUUAGAGUAAUGCCUUCUAGCUUCUUCCUGCUGUUGCGGUUUUUCUUGAGAAUUGAUGGGGUGCUUAUCAGAAUGAAUGACACAAGACUUUACCAUGAGGCCGACAAGACUUACAUGUUACGAGAAUAUACAUCACGAGAGAGCAAGAUUGCUAAUUUAAUGCAUGUUUCACCUUCGCUCUUCACGGAACCUAAUGAAAUAUCACAGUAUUUACCGAUAAAGGAGGCGGUUUGUGAGAAGCUAGUAUUUCCAGAAAGAAUUGAUCCUAACCCUGCACACUCACAAGAAAGUACACCUGUGGAAUAGAAUGUGAUACAACAUACACUGACCGUGGAAUCUGACUGGAGACCUUGGCUUUGUGGAGGGGGUAUUUUUAUUAUGAGAAUUAAUUGCCUUGUCUAUGUGCAGUUUUUCUGUAGCCUUUAAGGAAAAAAAAUAAAAGAUUGUUGCAGGCAGUUUCCACUCAA